UUUUAAAGCCAUGCUGGAUAACUAAGUCAUAGAGUGUAAAAAAUAUUUUUUCCUUCCAUGAAAAUCAAACAGUGGAAGAAACAGUGUACAUAAGAUUAAUGUAAAUUAAGGUAAAUGGAUUAAAAAAUGCUACUUUUUGGGCUGAUAAAAACUCCAGACCAGCCCUAAGAUUGAAGGAUGAAUGUCCCUGAAGACUCCAAGAGUUUGCGGCAGAGGGAUGGCUGGGAGUUGGCCAAAUCUCAGUCUUAAAGAAGGCGACGAGGCCAAACGGGAUCUGCGCGACUGCUAUUCUCUUGCUGGCACACAGGGUAGACAAUAAAAUGUCUCUGUAAAACUCGAGUGCAAAUCCUACUUCGGUCCUGCAAAGGAGGCUCGUACUCGCUAGGGGGAGGGACGACUGGGCGUGAGAAGAGACCGGGACACGGCGCCCGGCAGCGGAGAGGUCGAGUGAAAACCGGGCUGAGCCGUGGGCUUCCUUACCCUUCCGCAGGGUUAUGCCCGUGCGUGGGAGGAGCCGCCGCCAUCUCUCUGGACCGCGGCCAAAGUGCCGCAAAAUCCAGCAGGAAGAUGCUUUAGCAGGGACUGCAGGACGCUAAUCGGAUUUUCUGCUCGCGUUCCUGGGGCGCCUCCCGGGCCUGGAAAACCGCCGGGGGCGGGGCCAGGGCCGGGGGCGGGGCAGCGAGCCCCGGCAACCCACCCCUUCGAGCACGGGGUGGGACCCUCGAGGCUUUCCGUCCAAUCGCGUUCCCCGACGUGCACGGGGCGGGACCCUCGCGGCUUUCCGUCCUAGUUGGGCUCCUGGGCUGCGCAGGGCUGGCAGGCCACCGUUGCGGAGGACCCGGAGAGGGGCGGAGGUGAAGCGCAAUUCUUCCUACAGUCACCAGCCUUGUUCAAGUCCCCGUGGUUUCACAUCAGAAUUGUUGGAGCUUCUGGCAGUCCUGAACACUUCAUCUUGGUUUACUGUUUUUCUACUGUGAUUAUAUCAUGGAAAAUCAACUGGCAAAGUCAGUUGAAGAACGGACAUUUCAGUACCAGGAUUCUCUCCCGUCAUUGCCUGUUCCUUCACUUGAGGAAUCAUUGAAAAAAUACCUUGAAUCAGUAAAGCCGUUUGCGAAUGAAGACGAAUAUAAGAAAACUGAAGAAAUAGUUCGAAAGUUUCAAAAUGGAGUUGGUGAGAAAUUGCAUCAGAAAUUACUUGAAAGGGCUAAAGGAAAAAGAAACUGGCUGGAAGAGUGGUGGCUCAAUGUCGCCUACCUGGAUGUGCGUAUGCCAUCCCAGCUGAACGUGAACUUUGUGGGCCCUUCUCCUCAUUUUGAACACUACUGGCCUGCGAAGGAAGGCACACAGUUAGAAAGAGGAAGUAUAAUUCUUUGGCAUAACUUGAACUACUGGCAGCUGCUAAGAAGAGAAAAAUUGCCUGCACAUAAAUCUGGGAAUACUCCUCUAGACAUGAACCAAUUCCGGAUGUUGUUUUCCACCUGCAAGGUUCCGGGAAUUGCUAGAGAUUCGAUUAUGAAUUAUUUUAGGACUGAGAGUGAAGGGCAUUGUCCAUCCCACAUUGCUGUGCUGUGUCGUGGCCGAGCUUUUGUCUUUGAUGUAUUGCAUGAAGGCACUUUGAUCACCCCACCAGAGCUUCUCAGACAACUGACGUAUAUCUACCAGAAAUGCUGUAGUGAACCUGUUGGGCCCAGUGUAGCAGCACUAACUAGUGAGGAGCGAACGCGAUGGGCAAAGGCUAGAGAAUAUCUGAUUGGUCUUGACUCAGAAAACUUGACUUUAUUAGAAAAAAUUCAAGCCAGUUUAUUCGUGUAUUCCAUGGAAGACACUAGUCCACAUGUAACCCCAGAAGACUUUUCUCAGGUCUUGGAAAUGCUUCUUGCUGGAGACCCAGGAGUACGCUGGGGUGACAAGUCCUAUAACUUGGUUUCCUUCGCUAAUGGAGUGUUUGGCUGUUGUUGCGAUCAUGCUCCUUUUGAUGCAAUGGUUAUGGUGAAUAUUGCCCAUUAUGUUGAUGAGAGGAUCUUGGAGAAUGAAGGAAGAUGGAAGGGAUCAGAAAAAGUCCGGGAUAUACCACUUCCGGAGGAGUUGGUUUUCACUGUGGAUGAGAAAAUACUAAAUGACAUCUACCAAGCCAAAGCCCAACACCUCAAAGCGGCAUCUGAUCUGCAGGUCACAGGAUACACUUUCACGGCUUUCGGCAAAAGGCUCACCAAGAAGGAGGCGCUGCACCCUGACACCUUCAUUCAGCUUGCGCUUCAGCUCGCCUAUUACAGGCUCCACGGACGCCCUGGUUGCUGCUAUGAAACAGCUAUGACAAGAUACUUCUACCACGGCCGGACAGAGACUGUGCGCUCGUGUACAGCCGAGGCAGUCAGCUGGUGCCAGUCCAUGCAGGAUCCCUCUACCAGUCUUCUUGAACGGCAGCAAAAGAUGUUACAAGCUUUUGCGAAGCACAAUAAGAUGAUGAAAGAUUGUUCAAAUGGAAAAGGGUUUGACCGUCACCUACUAGGUCUCUUGCUCAUAGCAAAAGAGGAAGGUCUCCCUAUCCCAGAGCUGUUUGAGGAUCCACUUUUCUCCAGAAGUGGAGGAGGCGGAAAUUUCGUUCUCUCAACAAGUCUGAUUGGUUACAUGCGAAUCCAGGGAGUUGUGGUUCCCAUGGUACACAAUGGAUACGGGUUUUUCUACCAUAUCAGAGACGACAGGUUUGUGGUGGCGUGUUCGGCCUGGAGGUCAUGUCCGGAGACUGAUUCGGAAAAGCUAGUUCAGAUGACUUUUCAUGCUUUCCAUGACAUGAUACAGCUGAUGAAUACCUCUCAUCUUUAGAAACUCAGAGACACACACAGAUCAACUCGGUACAGAGAGUAGCUGGAAUGGGAGGAAUGUUGACUUGAAGGAGAUUUGUUAACUGUGGUGAUAGUAGGUUGUACUCUCUAGAUUUAUUCUACCUUAGAAUGUAGAAACAUCUUCAAGCUUCCUGUGUUGCAGCAGCAAUGCACAGUCAGACAUAGUGACUAUAGGACUAUGCAAUGUUUAACAGGAGCCUCAACAAUGCAGACCCUACUCUGAUUUUAAAAUAUCUUUGUUGACACAUGUAUAGAUGGCAGUUGUCCCCUGUGAACAUAAUUGUAGACUACUUUCCAAGCACUUUAAUAUUUUCUAAUUGCCAGAGGUUAUAUGAAGCACAUGGUUAGUUGCUAAUGUCCACGAAGUCAGUGCCUUCUAUACCCAGCACAGGGAUACAAGCCAAUUAGGGUUCAUGAGAAAACCACUACAUUUCAAUAGUGAUCUAAAAUAGCUCCUUUGAAUAGACAAAAGUUUCAAGUAUAAUAGAAAUAUUUACAUUAACACAAGAAAAAAUCCUAGCAAAACCUAUAUGAUAUAUUGUAAUUCAUUUUAUGAAUACAGAAUGAAGGCACUUCCAUUUAAACCCAGUUGUUAGAGCUAGUGACUUUGAAAGGGUUAAAUGUUGAAUAUUCUCAGGACUUUACAGUUGUUUCCCAUUGCUGUUCAGUUGUGUGGUUUAUAAUUCUCAAAGAAUAAAGUAUCCAGAAUCCUAUAGCUUUUCAGCUUAUGUUUGAGAAGAGUGAUUCCUGUUCUCCUUCUUGGCAUUUUCUGAUAUCAGUUAAAUAUUGUAUAAUAAACCAUUUAAAAAUUUA